UGGCAAAAGGUCAAACCGUCACCCUUUGACACUUCACCUUGUUGCUUUUGUUCUGGUUUCUUUUUUGGAGUUUUCAUUUGUUUUGGAAUUCAUUACAUACGUGCUGUAACUUAGAAAUUCAUAACGUGAACACUUUCCUCUUUUUUGUAGCCCCCUUUUCUGUUGUAUAACCGGCACACGUUAGAACGAGCAUAGAGCGAUUGUUUUAAAUUGGGGAAGAAAUAUGGCAGAUUUAAGUUUGACUCUUUCAAAGGAAGGCUGGUAUUUAUCUGAAGAAGGAAUUAAAGCUUGCACAGCCUCUUCUGAACAUAUCAGUUUAAGUGAAAUUAGUCGUAUUGCCCUUAAUACCGAUUUAAGAACCAUUGGUGCAAAGUUUCUGCCCAGUGAUAUUAAUGGUGGACGACUUGAAAAGCUUGAGGGGCCCUGUGUUCUGCAGAUUCAAAAGAUUCGCAAUGUUGCUGCUCCAAAGGAUAAUGAAGAAUCUCAAGCUGCUCCCAGAAUGCUGCGUAUGCAGAUGACUGACGGUCAUACAAGUUGCACAGGAGUGGAAUUUAAUUGCCUGUCAAAAAUAAGCUUAAAUACACCUCCUGGUACAAAAGUAAAGCUGUUGGGACUUAUUCUGGUGAAAAAUGGAUUUUUGCUGCUUGAAGACAGGAACACCAUAGUCCUUGGAGGUGAAGUUGAUCAUCUGAUUGAAAAAUGGGAGUUACAAAGGAGUUUGCUGAAGCAUACUAGAAGUAACAUUGGAGCAGAGGGUGGACCACCUCCUUUCUUACCCUUUGGACAGAAGUGCGUAUCUCACGAGCAAGUAGACAGCAGAGAAUUAGAUCGGAGGAAGACACUUCAGGUUACCAGCAGUGCAAAAUCUGCUGCAGAAAAUAAUGAAUUUGAGAAGCAGAGAACUGCUGCUAUUGCAGAAGUAGCAAAGGGCAAAGAGACCAAAACGUUUGGUGGGGGUGGAAUUGUUGGAAGCAAUCUUAACGCACCAGUUGGAAGCAGCAGAACCAGAGAAGUAUUACAGAAAAACAGAGAUGAGAAGAUAAUAAAGACAGAUAUCAAACCUGAAGGAGUAUACCGUGAGCUGGUUGAUGAGAGAGACCUGAAGUACAUCAUAGAAAUGGGGUUUACUAAAGAAGCAGCAAGGCAAGCAUUGAUGGAUUAUGGUGAUUUAGAAGCAGCAUUAAAUUUUCUCCUCCACAGCACCAAGCAGAAAACACCCAGUGCUCCAGCAUCAAGGGGAAAAGGAAGAGGCAGAGGCAGGUCAAGACCAGAAGAGGAAGAUGAGGCAUCAAAUGCUAGGCCAUCGGGACCUAGUACAUUGUUUGACUUUUUGGAGUCAAAAAUGGGUGCAUUAAGUGUUGAAGAAACAAAAUCUCAGUCUCUUCAACAUGGACAGCAUCAGAAAGCUCUGAAUGUGGAUAAAGCCCCUGCAAAAGACUUUAAUCAGUUCAAGUACUCACGAAGUGAAGUUCGUCAACCAAGAAAUGAAAGGCCACCUCGAUUUCAGAAGGAUACACAAAUAGUUAAACAGUUUCAUGAUAGUAGUGGGCCACCAAGAAAUAGGGGGUCUGAAAGACAGAACUCUUUAGGAUCCGACUCUAGAACUGAAGAAAGGAAUAAAACUGAUAGACAACUUGCUCUGUUUGAAAAACCAAAGGAUUAUGUACAGCCAAAUGCAAUUCAGCAAAGAGAUAAUUCUUUUAAAAAGAAUAUACGAGAAAGUACUGUGCAAAACAGGCAGACUAAAAGCAACAGUUCCGCAGAAGUGAAAAACAUUUCUAGUGUUCCAGAAGUUACAGAUACUAGUUCCCUAAGAAGAGGAAAAUGGGAAAACCAGAGACAAAGUUCAAAUAUCUUUUAUGAAAAGAAGCCUGAAGCCGUAAAUGCUGAGCAAUUUGGAAGACUUCAAAUUGAAAGACAGAGUACUUUGAACAGGGAUUUGACUAACACUAUGAGAAAUGCUGACAUUAAUGUUUUACCAAAUGGUGACACAGGGAAUUUACAGUUUGGGAGAAGAACUGGCCCAAUUAAACCAGUUGGUCCAUCUAUAACCACAUCAGUGAAUGAUGAAAAUGUUUUUUAUUACAAUUCUGGACCAAAGAGGAGAUCAGGCCCUAUUAAACCUGAAAAAAAUGUAGAAGCUAUUAACUUUUAUGACUAUAAAAUGUCUUUAGAUAACUGGAAACCAGGAGAUGUAUGUCUUGCAAUGUACUGGGAAGAUAACAAGUUUUACCGGGCUGAAAUUGAUGCCAUCCAUUCAUCAGGUAUGACUGCAGUUGUUCGAUUCAGUGACUAUGGAAAUUAUGAAGAAGUGCUCCUUAGUAACAUUAAGCCACUCCAUGCAGAAUCUUGGAAAAAAAUAGAGACGCCCCAGUGGGGAAAAUGAAGUAUUUCAACUGAACAUAGACCUUCUGAAUUUUGAAGAUGGUAGCAUGAAACUCCCUCUGAUGUUUCUUCUCAGGGUGGACAUUUAUCCCGCAUUGGAGUCCCAGGCUGUAGCUCUGCAUGGCCCCUUAGUAAAACUUGGGACAAUUAUUUUCUUUUAGUAUUUAGCAGUUACAUAUUUGCAAAUUUUAAUUUAGACUGUUAGUUCUAAAGGAGAAUAACUACAUACAGAAACCAACUUUCAGAAAGGAUUCCUUAAACUGUAGUUUCUGUGUUGAAGAUUACAGAUGAAGAAAUAUAAAUACACCACACCGCUGAAUCACAUCUCUGUGUGGAUAAUCAAGGGGGUUAAAGCCCAUUAUUUGUGAUAGCUGUACUCUAGAAGAAACCAUAGGACAAAAUUUCUGUUGUGUGCAUUUACUAAAUCAUUGUUUAUGCCAUACGUAGGACCUGUCUUAAGCGAUAUUUCCAUUUUUAAAGAUUCCUCCAUAUCACAUCUUGUUUAUUUCAUCUGGAGCUGUAACAUAGUUCAGAGAAGUGGAAGACAGACUGAGAAGCAGGCAUUGUUAAUUUAAAUGGAGGACGUUUAGCAACUAGAUUGCUUUACAGCUGGUCUAGUUAACUUGUGUUACACAGCCCCAGAUGUAUAUUCUAUUUUCCCUUGCAUAAAUCAUUAAUGACUACCAAUUAGCCAGUAUAAAACAAAACAAAAAAAAAACAUUGUUAGGUGGUGCAGUACAUAAGAAAUGUACUUAGCAGAAGGAGUAUGUUUUCCAUUUGUCAUUCAAGCUGCCAUUGUGUCUGCAUGAAGAAUGUACUGUAUUAACUGUGAAAGAGCACCUGGAGGAAGGAAAAAACUGAAUAGGUAUUAUUUUAUGGAGAGGGAGAUUUACAGUGGUAGAACCUGAUUGUUGAGGUGGAGUUCUUUGGUUUCUUUUAAUAGCACACACACACAAUGUACUGUUUUAAUGUCCCCUUAGUAGCAGCAGUACUGUGAAAGAAUGAACCUGUUCAGCAUUCUCCUUGUUUCUUUUGGCUUUAAACAUGUUUAUUUUUUGUCAAAUCACAGACAAUACAUUAAUCCCAUAACUUUUAUUCCUUUUAUUUAUAUUGCUUGUCGUGUAGAUAAUUUAUGUAAGACAACACGAGCAUUGACAGGAUGGUACCUCCCACUUACCUUAUUAGUUUACUAUAUUUAUGAUGAGGGCUCAAGCUGAAUUAUCAGAAAAAGUUAUGUAAUUAAAAAAAUGGGGUUAGACUAUUGGCAUUGCCACUUGUUAGGCAUAUUUGUAAUAGUUAUUCUAUACAAAAAAUGUUUUAUUAAAUAGUACUGCUGUUUAACAGGAAAUCUUAUUGUUGCAUGUUUUCAUUCUCAUACACAUGUGCUUUAUGUAGCAGACUUAGCCAGAAUGGUAUUGGAAUGUAUGAAAUGAAGUAAUUACUGGUGAUAUAGGAGCAUUUUGUUGUUGAUACAGCAAUUUCACAUUUACAUGCAUGUUAUUGUUACAUUUGUGAAAUCCAUACUGAUGAUUUGUAUACCAUUAAGUGAUGAAAAGGUGUAUAUGUGUAGGUCUUUGACUUGUAAACUGAAACCUACCAUUGUAUUUGAGUGCCUUUUAAUGUAUUGGAGAAAUGUUGGAUUUGCACAUAAUUGUUGCGGCAUAAUUUAUUAUUAAAACAUAGAUACUCCUGUUAGCUAAGGGAUCAAAAGGAUUACCUAGUGUGUCCAUUUUCUUUGUCAGCUGUGAAUUCAUUUCCCCUUGUUGCACAGCUACACCACAAUGUAUUUCCUACCAUCUGUGCUGAAACUGUACCUGCAUAUAUUGCACAUCACUUCCAUAAAUAAAUGAGUUCAUGACUGUGUAA